AGCUUGUUCUUUCCUUUAUCACUUUAGCGGUGAAGGUGCAACAGUAAUCGGUCGUCCCAAAUCCGGGUUCAUCCGACACCCUCACAAACUACAGCUGAACUGAGCUCAACGUCUACUGAAGCAUCAUGCCUCCCAAAUUCGACCCCAAUGAGACUAAAGUUGGUAUGUGAGGUAUCUACUGUAAAAUGAUUUGUUUCAGAUAAGAUCCAAAAUGGAGUCGACUUCUGUCUGGCACAUCCAUGAUGGCGCAGGCCUCUUCUCAGCAAUGAGCUGAUAAAAUGGUAACGUUAGCUAGGAUAAACACCACAUUUGUCUUGAAUUUACUGUGAAUGCGUUACAGUAUCUACUCAUAAUACAUUCAAGUGAACAUUGCAUGAUGGGAGAUUCUGUUUAAACCUUUCAGACGAAAUUAGAACGUUAGUUAUAUAUCCCAUUUCAGACGGAACUUGUUGCUAACUAUAUAGCCCAUUAAUUUCAGGUCUAGCUAUUUAUGUUAGCCUAGCCAGGUAGCUGCUGCUCUGUUUUCACUACGUGGGUGCACCUGGUUUCAGGAGGCAAUCUCUGACACGUGUCUAGAUUGUAAAGUGUAAGCGCUAGAAAUAAGUUAGACAUUUCACAGGUAUUGAAUGGUAGACGAUGCAUAUAGACUAAUUGAUUUGACUGCAACAAAUUAUAUUUUACUAACUUACUCCUGGCGGGCUGCAUGUGGUCUAGGUCAGUGGUUCCCAAGCAGGGGUACUAGGACCCCAGGAGGUACUUGAGAAGACUCGAGACCAUAGGCUUACUGGUAAAAUGCGCUGGGGGGGGGGGCGGUACUCCUUGCAGACAAAAUUCAGUUGGUAGUACAGUAACCGAAAAAGGUUGGAACCACAAGUCUAGGUAAUUACAUACAGGUUUAGCAUCUUUACAAGUUUGGAUGACUAUUCAGCACAGGUAGCUGGACUAUUCUACAGUUACGUAGCAGUUAAUUCAUCAUUAUUGGAGACUUGAGGCUGGCUUCAGCCUAGGUGCCCUAGUUAAGUGAACUAGUGCUCACAUUUGCACAGCCACACAAUGGUACCUGCACUUGCAAGUCAAUGAUGGGCUUUUGGCAUGGCAUAUUUUAAAUUAGCUGACUUAACUCCACGGUGAAGAAAGUUUAAUUUCAACUAGGCAAAUCAGUUAAGAACAAAUUCUUAUUUACAAUGACAGCCUACCCCGGCCAAACCCUCCCCUAACCCAAACAACGCUGGGCCAAUUGUGCGCUGCCCAAUGGGACUCCUGAUCACGGCCGGAUGUGAAACAGCCUGGGAUCAAACCAGGGUCUGUAGUGACGCCUCUAGCACUGAGAUGCAUUGCCUUAGACUGCUGUGCCACUGGAAUUUACAUUUUAGUCAUUUAGCAGACGCUCUUAUCCAGAGCGACUUACAGUUAGUGAGUGCAUACAUUUUUUAUAUCUAUUUUUUUCAUACCCCCCGUGGGAAUCGAACCCACAACCCUGGCGUUGCAAAUGCCAUGCUCUACCAACUGAGCUACAUCCCUGCCGGCCCUACCCUAGACGACGCUGGGCCAAUUGUGCGCCGCCCCAUGGGUCUCCCGGUCGCGGCCGGCUACGACAGAACCUGGAUUUGAACCAGGAUCUCUAAUGGCACAGCUAGCACUGCGAUGCAGUGCCUUUUGAUCACUGCGCCACUCGGGAGGAAUUCUGCUCCGACUACAUUGGCUAGCGUUAGCGCAAUGACUGGAAGUCUAUGGGUAACUACUAGUCCCCUGUAGCUCAGUUGGUAGAGCAUGGCGCUUGCAAUGGCAGGGUUGUGGGUUCGUUUCCCACGGGGGGCCAGUAUGAAAAUGUAUGCACUCACUAACUGUAAGUCGCUCUGGAUAAGAGCGUCUGCUAAAUGACUAAAAUGUAAAUGUACUAGCAUGCUUAAUCUAGAUAAAUGGACUCAAUGCCAAAAUCCCAAAGUAUCCCUUUAAGACUUGGAAGCAUAGAACAUAUCUACUGCUUAGACUUGCUUUCAAUGAUGAGAUCUAUAACUCGCAUUUCUAUGGGAAUUUGCUCAGUCGCCCAAAAAGUUACAUAUUGCAGCUUUAACGUUUAUGGGUAGUCCUCUGUGGCUCAGCUGGUAGAGCACGGCGCUUGUAACGCCAAGGUAGUGGGUUCGAUCCCCGGGACCACCCAUACACAAAAAAAUGUAUGCACGCAUGACUGUAAGUCGCUUUGGAUAAAAGCAUCUGCUAAAUGGCUUAUUAUUAUUAUUGAAAAAGUCUGGAUUUCAGCUAACAAAGGCACGCAACUACAGAGGACAAACAUAGGUACAGGUUUUUAUUUUUUAUUGUCCUUCGGCGACUCGGUAGUCAGCACUGAAUUCCACAAAGCCUGGUCUCUGCUCUCAUCCAUUGGUGGAGUUCAUCAGAAACUUCACCAUGGAGUGGCAUUUGGUCAGCAAAUGUUCAAUAGGUUUACUGUACUGAUGCAUAGGCGUAGACCUAAUUCCAAUUCAGUGGACCACAAAUGCGCUUUAUCUUGCCCCAUCCUAUCAUGUUUGGCACUUGCACAUGAGAUUGCAAUAAAUGGUAGGAAAUCUGACUACUAUUCAGUUCUGCAAAGGGUGUAACCAUUUUGACUGACUCCCAACUUAUUAGACAGCACCUAAGACUUAUUAGAAAGAACUGCUAUAAUACUUCAAAUUAGUCACUGAGAAAUCCAGUAUUCACCAUAAAGGGGAAUAUACUUUUAGUUAACUUACGCCCUAAAUCCUAUAGUGCACCUCCAUAAGCAUUGGGACAGUCAUUGGAUCACCUGCUUUAUUAUGAUUUAGCCUCCUGCCACUUUUCCAGUCUGUCUUGGACCUGAGUAUAAUCCAGUGGAGGCUAAAAUGAACCCAGCUCUAGGAAACGGGGCAGCCCAAACAAUGGGCAACUGUGCAGAAAGGCCUGGAUCAAAAUGGUGCCCUAAUACUAACAGCAUUUUGACUCAUGCUAAUUCCUUCACUGUAUUUACUCAGGAACCACCAAUAAUCUAUGCCUCAUAUCUUAUUGAUUUCUUCUCAUAAAUAACCAGUUUCUCUUUUUCUACCUUGCAGUGUACAUGAGGUGCACAGGAGGAGAAGUUGGUGCCACCUCUGCUCUGGCUCCCAAGAUUGGACCUCUGGGUCUGGUAAGUGUACCAUUCCAACCCUCUCAUUUAGAGUGAGUUGUGGUAAUUUUUGGAGUACCCAUUGUCUGCAGAUUAGCCUCCCGCCACUUUGCCAGUCUGAGUGUAGUCCAGUGGAGGCUAAAAUGGACCCAUCUCUAGGAAACUGGGCUGCCCAAACAAUGGAUUACUCUUUGCUGAGAGGCCUGAAACAAAUGCUAAUAUUGUCCUUCUGUUUCCCCUGAAUUUGUCACUAUUGAUCACCAUUUUGAAGCGUCACGCUUGAAGCUUUUUCUGUGUUUUAAAUCUGUACUCCUUGCUUUCAGUCUCCCAAGAAGGUUGGCGAUGAUAUUGCCAAGGCCACCGGAGACUGGAAGGGCCUGAGGAUCACUGUCAAGCUGACCAUCGUGAACAGGCAGGCAGCGGUACGUACCAAAUCUGUUCCCUCAACCAGAGUCCCUGAAAAUGGAUUGGCCAUUCAAAUGUUUUUCAAUCAUCCCAGCUUUAACGUGGCUUCUGUCUAUUGUAGAUCGAGGUGGUGCCCUCUGCUUCGGCUCUGAUCAUUAAGGCCCUGAAGGAGCCCCCUCGUGACAGGAAGAAGGUCAAGAACAGUAAGUUGCCCUGAGCUUUCUCCUCUGAUGACUAAUGCAAUUUUUUUUUAAACAAGGUUGUCUUCAUUAAGUUAAACCUGUAGUUUGGCACGUUCCAGCCUCCCGUCACCUGUCUUGUUUGUGACUUGAGUAUAGUCCAGUGGCGGCUAAGAUGGACAAAUCUCUAGGAAACAGGGUUGCACAAACUGCUCAUUAGGCAGCCGUUUAUGGCGGCAGAUUGACGAGGGCGGCAUUUACUGAGCUAAACUGACCGGUAGGCUUACCACAGAGGGGCAUUCAUGAAAUUCAAUUUCAGGCAACACUGUUGGCUACACCUGAGGACUUUUUGGCAGUCCGGACCGGCCUCGAUUUCCACAUCCACGGACAUUGGUUGUUGGUCUGGACAAAAUCUAAACCAAUGUUUGGUUCAGAUUUGGUUCCGGUCCAGACCGGCCUUGAAUUAUUAUUUUUGGUCUGGACUAAAUCAGACUUCUAUGUUUGGUUCAGAUUUAGUCCAGUCUUGACCUGCCUUGAUUUGGCUCAAACAUAGAUGUCUAAAAAUGACGUGUUUUCAACUUUCAUUCAGAACAAAAAAUGUGCCUGAUUUCAACAUCGGGGGAAAAAUGUGUAUUUUCAACAUCCAGAAAAUAUCUAUUUUAAACUGUGUUUUGGGGUCUCGCCUAAGGCGGCAAGGACCGGCCCUGCUCUGUGCCGAAAGGAGCCAUUCAGUUAGUUGCGUAGCUGUCCCAUCUGGUCUUGCUACUAUCAACAGGUGAACGUUCUCAGUCACUGCGCCGGAUUUCCGUCAUAUGGAUUCUGGAGGUCAGUUUUGAGAUUUGUCUAGAUCGCAAUAAAAAAUCUCUGGGGGGCUGGUUUGGAGAUGGCAUGUCUGUUCUAUAUAUUCCCAAAUUCUUUUUUCACUGUUUGCACUGAACUGACAUGCAUGACUGUUGCGGAUACUCCGAUGUUCAGAUGAGGGAAUGAAAAACAAUAUAAUGCCCACUAUUGUGGUGCUCAACUCAAACAGUUGUGUGUAGUGUACUGUAGCUGCUGGCAAAGUAAUUCAAAGCCUAUGCUUUAUCACUCAGGAUGUGGUAACUUUCCAGUGCUACUAUUUUUGCCAUGUAAUAUUCUUAAAAUGGACAACCACAUAGUAGAAUAGUUUGCCUAUUUACCUAGUCGGCUUGUGUGCUAUGCGAGAAAUGGUCCUUGUGGCGCAUUCAAGUUGCGAGAGCUGUAGGGAAGGAAACGUAUUCUGACGAGGCCAAUGCACAACUCUUCAAUUGUGGGAUAAACACUUGAAAGCAGUUUUCUCCUUUGUUAAAAAGUGGUUUCCCAUAUUUCCAUUGCUACCACGUUUAUUUCUCUACUUCUAAAAUGGCGCGCGGCAUAAUUUUUCAAAAUGCAGUUCCAAUCGGCGUUUUAACACAUGGUUUGGACAACUGUGCAACAGAGCUCUUAAAGGGGAACUGCAUUUUUACAUACAUUUACAUAUGUCCAUAUUUGCAUAUUUUUGUUGUAAACUGGGGCAAUGGUGUCUUAAAAUGGCAAUGACAUACUUUGUAAUAGAAACCCCCAAAAUCGAUAGUUCUUUAAAAUAUUAAUCAGGUGGUUGAAUCCAAAGGGUGUAAAUGCAGAUGGACAAAUCCCAUGCUUAUGUAUUUAUAGCCAAUAUGCUGCAUCAGUUGGGCUAUAGGUGAUUUAACAUUUUUACCAUUGUUACUUGGCUAAUUUCUGGAAUGGAAAUUGUAUUUGGUGUCAGCAUUUUAUUUUCAUUUUGGAUAGCAUGCCCUUUAAAAAAAAAAGUAACGAUCUGAGCUUCUCAUAAUAUUUCUCCCGAGGAGGACCAUGGACCCCCUGGGGACCGGAAGUGGUCAAACUCAGUUUAAUACAUGUAUUUUUUAUUUAACCUUUAUUUAACCAGGUAAGCCAGUUGAACAAGUUCUCAUUUACAACUGCGACCUGGCCAAGAUAAAGCUUAAAAAAAUAUCCUCAAUCCCUAAAAGCCUGAUGGUCAUGACUUUUAAAAAAUGUAUUGGGAGGGUAACUUGGCUGCACAGACAAUCUGAGAUCGACUGAAGUGUCAGUCAUGGGAUUUUGUUGCUGUAAGCCCUGUAUCAAUGAUUCAGAGAUCCAGGGUGUACUUGUUUUAAAGUCUUCUAUUUGUUUCCAGUCAAGCACAGCGGCAGUGUGACCUUUGACGAGAUCGUGACAGUCGCCCGCACAAUGAGGCCCCGCUCCAUUGCCAGGGAGCUUUCUGGUAAGAGCCCAGCCCAUGCCUAUCCCCUCAGCUUCACGUCAUUCUUGAAUCACCUGCCACUUUGCCAGUCAGAGUAUAGCCCAGUGGAGGCUAAGAUGGACCCAGCUUUUGGAAACACGGCUGCCCACACAGUGGGCAACUCUGUGCUGAAAGGCCUAGAACAAAAUUGCGCCUUUAUCAUACACUAGAACAUUUAUACAGUGCAUUCGGAAAGUAUUCAGAACCCCAUUUCCACCUUUUGUUAUGUUACAGCCAUAUUUUAAAAUGGAUUGAAUAAAUGUUUUCCCUCAACACAUACAAUACACCACAAUGACAAAGCAAAAAGAGGUGUUUAGAAAUGUUUGCUAAUUUAUUUUUUCAAAACAAAACAAAACAUACCUUGUUUACAUAAGUAUUCAGACCCUUUGCUAUGAGAGUCAAUUGAGCUCAGGUGCAUCAUGUUUCCAUUGAUCAUCCUUGAUGUUUCUACAACUUGAUUGGAGUCCACCUGUGGUAAAUUCAAUUGAUUGGACAUGAUUUGGAAAGGUACACCUGUCUAUAACUUCCCACAGUUGACAGUGCAGUCAGAGAAAAAACCAAGCCAUGAGGUCGAAGGAAUUGUUCUUACAGCUCAGAGGCAGGAUUGUGUCGAGGCACAGAUCUGGGGAAGGGUACCAAAACAUUUCUGCAGCAUUGAAGGUCUCCAAGAACACAGUGGUCUCCAUUCUUAAAUGAAAGCCGUUUGGAACCACCCAAGACUCUUCCUAGAGCUGGCGGCCCGGGCCAAACUGAGCAAUCGGGGGAGAAGGGCCUUGGUCAGGGAGGUGACCAAGAACCCAAUGGUCACUCUGAUAGAGCUCCAGAGUCCCUCCUCCCAGAAGGACAACCAUCUCUGCAGCACUCCACCAAUCAGGCCUUUAUGGUAGAGUGGCCAGACGGAAGCCACUCCUCAGUAAAAGGCACAUGACAGCCCGCUUGGAGUUUGCCAAAAGGCACCUAAAGGACUCUCAGACCAUGAGAAACAAGAUUGAACUCUUUGGCCUGAAUGCCAAGCGUCACGUCUGGAGGAAACCUGGCACAAUCCCUAUGGUGAAGUAUGGUGGUGGCAGCAUCAUGCUGUGGGGAUGUUUUUCAGCGGCAGGGACUGGGAGACUAGUCAGGAUCGACGGAAAGAUUAAUGGAGCAAAGUACAGAGAGAUCCUUAAUGAAAACCUGCUCCAUAGCACUCAGGACCUCAGGCUGGGGCCAAGGUUCACCUUCCAACAGGACAAUGACCCUAAGCACACAGCCAAGACAAUGCAGGAGAUGCUUCGGGAAAAGUCUCUGAUUGUCCUUAAGUGGCCCAGCCAGAGCCUGGACUUGAACCCGUUCAAACAUCUCUGGAGAGACCUGAAAAUGGGAUAAACUCCCCAAAUACAGGUGUGCCAAGCUUGUAGCGUCAUACCCAAGAAGACUCUAGGCUGUUAUCGCUGCCAAAGGUGCUUCAACAAAGUACUGAGUAAAGUGUCUGAAUACUUAUGUAAAUGUCGUAUUUCAGUAUUUCUUUUUUUUUAAUUGCCAAAAAAUCUAAAUCUAUUUUUGCUUUGUCAUUAUGGGGUAUUGUGUGUAGACUGCUGGUCCUAAUUCCUUUUCUAUUUUCUCAGGAACCAUCAAGGAGAUUCUGGGAACUGCCCAGUCUGUGGGUUGCACCAUCGAUGGCCGCCCUCCCCAUGAUGUCAUUGACGACAUCAACAGCGGCAAGGUGGAGUGCCCAUUUGAGUAAAACAUCAAAUGGAGAAAAUAAAGGUUUAUAAGAAAUAUGAA